UUCAACAAAUGGUCUUUCAAUUCGAUCGGACAGCGAAGCUUAUUUUUCUUCAGCAAAUAUACUUACUUCUUUCACACCAGUUCAGCUCUAUUUCUGUUAUUUUAUAUUUAAUUUAUCAGAAUAAAACGCCACCGACUUUCUAGUUUCAGCAAUAAAAAUAGUUUAAACCAACUCAUAUCCAGAUUUUUCAGCAUAAAUUACAAACGGCGCUUUUUGAAGUUUCACUCAGUUUGACGGAAAUACUGCGUCUUUGAUCAGGAGCGCCAAAUGCGGCAUGUUUUUUAAACGUUUGGUACCGGAAAGCAGUUACCAUUCCUCAGCGCUUAAAAUUUUCUUCUGAUCUCUUAAUCAAAAAGUGGCAAAGAACUGGUUUUUUUACACUUUUGCAAUAAUUCAGUCAGAACAUUAUUGUUAAGCAUUGACCGUUGAAAAAAAAAGACAGGAAACAAUUUUUUCUCUGCAUAUAUUUCAUAUUUUUGUCACGCAAAGCCGAUCACCAAAUUGCAUUUUCAAAUUUUAAUUUCCCCGUUUUGAGAUUACUCGUGAAAAGGUAAACUCCUAUUUUAAGCACCUCUACAUGUUUAAUCAUUUUAUUUUGCAUAAAUUCCAAAGCAGCCCCUCAAAGCUCUUAGCCUCUUCACAAUUCAAAUCAAAGCGUUUUUUUUAGUUAUCUGACGCAAAACCAUUUUGUUAGGUUGUAUCUAUAAAAAUACUCGUCUGAAAAAAACAAGGACCCUUAAUGGCUUACAACAGCAGCUCCAGCGACCCUAGUAACUUAACAAUGACCUCGGGGCCAACAUCAAACGGGCCGGAUCGACCUUUACCUGUCGGCGAGGCUAUUUUCAUAGUUUUAGUCGUAGUCUCGACAUUUAUAAUCAACGUCCUUGUUAUUCUGGUUAUAACUCGCAAUGCCAGCUUGAGAAACAUUACUGGCUACUUUAUCAUCGCGCUUGCGUGUAGUGAUCUGCUCUACGGGGCCUGUUUUUCCUUCUCCAUUCCCUCGGUUAUCUAUCGCGAGUGGAUUUUUGGCGACUUCUUUUGUAGUAUUGACGGGUACCUCUACAACGUGACCUACCAUAACUCGAUUCACUCGUUUGUGUUUGUCACUAUAGACCGAUACAUCGCCAUAACGAGGCCCCUGCACUACCACCAAAUCAUGACCAGGAACAAGUGCUUCCUGAUUAUUGCGUUCGGCUGGGCAGUGUCGUUCGCGGCCGUAUCGCCGACUAUCUUCGGGUUCGGCUCGUUCGCCUAUCGACCUGAUGUCUACUGGUGUGGGAUUGCGUGGGGAAAUGACUGGCGUUAUACAGUGUACUGCACUUGUAUCUUCAUGCCAGAUCUGUUUGCCAUUCUCUUUUGUUACUACAGCAUCUGGAGAAUUUCCUACGAGCACUCCCAGGGUAUGCAGGAGCAUCAGGCGUUCCACGAGGACAUGAAAGAGAACCGCAACAAAGCCCUGCGAACCCUGAUCGUAAUGGGUGUGUCAUUUCUCAACGGGUGGUUCCCUUAUCUCCUUUCGAUGCUCUACGCGGGUAUUUCCCCCUACCCCAUACCUUACUCGGUCAACUUUGCAAUGGGGUGGGUGAGCACUAGCAACUCCUUCUGGGACUCCUUUCUUUAUAUUCUUUCGAGUCAGCCUAUGAAACAGGGUUUCAAAAAACUGUUCGCUCCAUGUUGUCGGAAGCUGUGCAGUUGCUGUGCGGAUAAAAAUGACCCGAUAAGGAAUGGAAUCUCGCUAGAUGUUGUUGACAAGCACAGCAAACAUAGUACUACGAACAACCACAUUAACAUCGACGUGUGAGCACUUCUGAACAAUACUUCAAGUCAUGAAUGAUGCGAUGAACAAUGAAUACACAAUUAAUACUAAAAGAACAAAAAUGACAUACAAGAAGUUCAAACUACGCAGAAUUAAAACACGUUUGACAAUACAAACUCGAACUGUAUACAAGGAAACCAUCAUGAUUCUAAACUUAACUUCCCACUUUUUAAGUUGCUGAUGCCUUUUGUUACUCAAACUAGAUGAAUAUUUAUUUUGGAGAAAUUAAUUAUUAUGUAAUAUUUGAAAUUGCUUAUUCAUUAAUAAUUGUAACUUAUUUGGAUCAGA